UGACGUAAGUUCCGGCGGGGCUCCCUGCCCAGACAGAUGCGGAACUGCUAGGAAGCGUGGGUACUGAGUUUGUUUGUAGGAAUUCCGGUCCUACUGAUCGCUCUGGGGACUUCCUGGAGAGCUAGUUUCCUAGAGGCCAGAUUCCUCCAACCUAGAACAAACAAAGCCGACGCUUCCGCCCUGCCUCGGCCUCGGAGCCAAUGCCGGCUGCGUCUUGGAGCCCCCGUCGUGGGGCCGGACCAUGAGCCUGCUGGGCAGCGUCGCCUCCUCCCCGCGGGCCCAGCUGCAGUCCAGCAAGGCCAGGAUGAAAAAGCUUCCGAAGAAGAGCCAGAACGAGAAGUACCGGCUAAAGUACCUACGGCUGCGGAAAGCGGCAAAGGCCACGGUGUUUGAAAAUGCUGCUAUUUGUGAUGAAAUUGCUCGUCUUGAAGAAAAAUUCCUUAAAGCAAAAGAAGAAAGAAGGUACUUGCUAAAGAAGCUUCUCCAACUUCAGGCUCUAACUGAGGGGGACAUACAGGCUGCAGCUCCUUCCCACAGCUCCAGUCUGCCCCUGACUUAUGGUGUGGCCAGCACUGUGGGAACUAUACAAGGGGCUGGGCCCAUGUCUGGGCCCAGCACUGGUGCUGAGGAGCCAUUUGGGAAGAAAUCCAAGAAGGAGAAAAAAGAAAAAGGCAAAGAGAACAACAAACUGGAAGUUCUGAAGAAAACAUCCAAGAAAAAGAAAAUGGAGGGAGGUGCUCGCAAGCUGGUCCAGCCCAUUGCCCUGGAUCCCUCUGGACGGCCUGUGUUUCCCAUCGGACUAGGGGGUCUAACAGUGUAUAGCCUGGGGGAGAUCAUCACCGACCGACCUGGCUUCCAUGAUGAAAGUGCCAUCUACCCUGUGGGCUACUGCAGUACUCGAGUGUAUGCCAGCAUGAAGUGCCCAGACCAGAUGUGUCUGUAUACCUGCCAGAUCAAGGAUGGUGGUGUGCAGCCUCAGUUUGAAAUUGUUCCUGAAGAUGACCCCCAGAAUGCUCUUGCCAGCCCCUCUGCAGAUGGCUGUUAUGAAGAACUGCUCAGGACCAUCACUGCUACUAUGGGAAAACAGAUGCCUAACCUGCUUCCAUCAGGAGCUGACUUUUUUGGGUUUUCUCAUCCAGCUAUCCACAACCUGAUACAGAGUUGUCCAGGAGCUCGAAAGUGUGUCAAUUACCAGUGGGUGAAAUUUGAUGUGUGCAAACCUGGAGAGGAGCAACUACCCCAGGAACCACCAGAGAAUGAUGCAGCUGUCAGCUUUGAAGCUUUUCAGAGACAGACCUUUGACGAAGAUCAUCAUGAUCCCAUUCUGCCGGGAUCUUUGGACCUCCCGGAGCUGCAGCCUGCAGCCUUUGUGUCUUCUUAUCAGCCCGAGUUCCUAACAGAGGAACCCUUGGUAGAGACACAUCUGCAGCACCUGGAGUCUCCACCACAGUGUAGCCCAGCCCAGUCUUCAGACUGAACAAGAGGCUCUGACCAGAGCCUCUUCAUUUUCAUCAUGGAGAAUGUUUUUAACUUGGAAUGUAUGGAAGAAGGCCAACAAUUCAGAAAUAAAAAAGAUAAUAUAUUUCAUCAUGGAAGUUCCCAUGGUGACAGUGUACUCUGAGAAAACUUCACUUGCUUUAUUUUUAGUAAUAAAUUUCUCUUGACAGUUCUGCUUAUUUCCAUCUUCUUGUAAUCAGGAUAUAAGCUUUUUUUACUCCACUCUGCCCAAGUACAAGAACAAACAACAGACUUGUUGGACAUGGGGGCGCACACCCAUUAUCUCAGUUACUUGGGGGGCUGAGGCAGGAGGAUAUAAGUUCAAGGGCAGCCUAGACAACUUAAUCUUUUUUUAUAUUUUGCACCUCCUUGAAGGGGAUCAAAAAGUCCAACCCUUUCUACAUCUCCUCAGCUCUUACUGGAGAGUGCUUUUAGUUCAUGUGUUGAAAUCACAUGAUAAUAUAAAUUCAGAUAUACCAUAAUUGGGGAUUAGUUCCUAUUCUCCAUAAUAGAUUCAGCCCUGUCAUUUCAUUUUAGCUAUGUAACAUCUCCACAUCCUAUAUGACUAAAUUCUUUGGACCCUGCUAAAAGCAUUCCCUAACACUACUAGCCCCACACCACCUUGUGAGAUGCCUUAGCUCCCCAUCUAACAGGUGCCCAGGGCUGGCUGCAGUGGGUGGGGGUGGGGAACCAAAGGACCAGAAGUAGAAGAAUAGGGAAGAAGCAUUAAGAAUGAAUUGUUCAGCACGUGCUAUAUUCUUGACUGCCAACUGAAAACAAUACAGAUGGGAUUAGCCUUUUAUAGUAGUAAAUGACCAGCAGAGGGAGGGAUCAGAAGAUGCAUUGUUUACAGCACACCUUGCUGGCCAUGGCAGACUUAAUGCCAACUAUUAAGUGGUAUCAGUUUUAUAAUUAGUCUUUUUGUAAGUUUGUGUAAUUUUUACAGUGCAAAAGAAACAGUAUAAAGUUUGGAUAAGUAGUACGAGGAUUACUCAAA